AUGGCACCAUUCGGCACAAUCUACUCUUACCAGCCCAGUCCCCGGGUCAUGAAGGCCCAGGCUGUGGCCAACCUGAACGGCCUGGAGCUGGCGGUUCCGGAAUUUGCCAUGGGCAAGACCAACCGUACCCCGGAUUUCCUGUCCAAGUUCCCAUUGGGCAAGGUGCCCGCCUUUGAGGGUGCCGAUGGAACAACUCUAUUCGAGUCAGACGCCAUCACCCAAUACAUUGCCGAGAGCGGCCCGGCUGCCGAGCAGCUCCUUGGAGCCACCCCCGCCGAGCGUGCCACUAUCCGCCAGUGGAUCUGCUAUGCACAGGGUGAGAUUCUGGACCCUGUGACCCAGCUGGCGCUGUGGCGUCUCGGUAUCCGUCCCUACGAUGAGAAAAUCGAGGUGGCCAACCUCGAGCGUCUGGAACGCUCGCUACAAUGUCUGGAGACUCACCUCAAGGGCCGCACUUGGUUCGUGGGUAAUGACAAGCUUUCCUUAGCCGAUAUUACAGUCGCUUCUGCCUUGGUCUGGGGUUUCUCCAUGGCCAUCGACGCUGAGAUGCGCCCGAAGUACCCCUCUGUUGUUGCCUGGUACGAGAGAUUCCUCGAAACCGAGGGCAUCAAGGAGGCAUUUGGCGAGAAGAAAUACGUUGAGAAGCGGUCAAGCUCCCUAGGCGUGGCGCUCUGA